UUCAAUGGGAGAAUCCAUCUCCUCUCCCACCACUCCGAUCCACAUCUUCUCCACUUUACUUUCCCCAUUCAACGACACCGAUUCCGAUUCCAAUUCCAAUUCCAAUUCCAAUUCCAAUUCCAAUUCCAAUUCCGAUUCCGAUUCCGACAUGACAAAAAAGCCCCUGAGCUUGUGGCCAGGAAUGUACCAUUCACCCGUCACGAUUGCCAUUUGGGAGACGAGAUCCAAAACACGAUUUCUGUCAAGCACUGCGCAGACGAUGACAGCACUACUAGACCGCUGUAUCUGGUUACUGCCUCCAUCGACAAGAUGGUGCUGAAGAAGCCAAUAAGUGUUGAUAUUGAUUUGCGUGUUUCCGGUGCAGUUACCUGGGUUGGCCGAUCCUCUAUCGAGAUUCAGCUAGAUGUUACACAGCCUCCCACUCAGUCAGCUGAAGCAACUGAUUCGGUCAUUCUCACUGCCACGUUCAUUUUUGUGGCUCGUGACUACAAGACACGCGCAGCUGCUCCAAUGAACCGGCUGAUUCCAGAAACAGAACGAGAGAAGUCACUUUACGAAGCAGCGGAAGCAAGAAAUAGGCUGAGAAAGAGCAAGAUUAAAGGCGAUGAGAAGGCGAUUGAGAAUGGAGGGGUUAAUAGAGUUGCAGCAUUACUAGCCGAAGGACGGAUCUUCUGCGACAUGCCUGCCUUGGCAGAUAGGGAUAGCAUUCUUCUUAGAGAAACUCGACUGGAGAACUCCUUGAUCUGCCAGCCACAGCAAAGGAACAUUCAUGGCCGCAUAUUUGGAGGGUUUCUUAUGCAUAGAGCGUUUGAGCUAGCCUUUUCAACAACUUAUGUUUUUGCAGGAAUGAUGCCAUCCUUUCUCGACACCAUGAACACAUUCUUUUUUUUAAUGGUGGAUGUUGGAGACUUUUUGCGGUUCAAGUAUUGUGUAUUGUAUACAGAAAGCGAGAGAUCGGAUCAGCCCUUAAUCAAUGUGGAAGUCGUGGCACACGUUACGAGGCCAGAGUUAAGGUCUAGUGAGGUGUCAAAUAGGUUUUACUACACGUUCACGGUUAGACACGAGGCAAAGGCUAAGAACAAUGGAGUUAGGAUCAGAAAAGUGGUUCCAGCAACAGAGGAGGAAGCACGCAGAAUCAUUGAGCGCAUCGAUGCUGAUUCUUUGGAUUCGUGAUUUAAUCAAAAAAAUCAUACAAAUUGUUGCUGCGUUACUGCAAUAGGGAAUAGUUGCAUCUUUAGAUGUUUCAUCUCUAUGUAAUAAUCCUAUCAUGUUUCAGUUUAUUCACUGAAAGAAAGGACAUGAAUUACAUGCUAUUGUAAUUCAAAUAAAUUAUUAUAUACGCAUGAAACAUCUUAAUUGACAGUA